GAGCAGGUUUCAAAAUUUCACCAGUUUUUGAUGUCAUGCCGCCAAAGAAGAAGAGAGCCAUGGUCAAGAACUCCACCACUGGCCACGGCCAUGGAUGGGUCAGACAUGCUGCAGCCCAAGGAGCCCCUGAAGAGCCAGCUCCUGUUAUUGAAGAUGUCCCAGCACCUUCAGAGACUGAAGCUGUGUCCACAGCCCCUCCCCCUGGUUCCCUGAUAGAGAUAAUCACAGAGGUUCUUCAGCCAGCAGCACAGUUCUAUUUUGAGGCUGCCAAGUCCCCGAAGAAGCGCAAGAGGGAGCUGGUAACAGCUGACUUCACCGUGGAGCAGGAACAGGAAAUGGUUGACUGGCUCAAGGCCCCUGAGCAAGAUUGCAUCCUCAACAAAAAGCACCGCAACUACAUCAAGAAGGGCCUGAAGGACACGCUCUGGGAACAGAAGGCCAGGGAGAUGGGCAAAGCCAGUGACCAGCUGAAGAAGUGGUACAUCAACAUGAGAACCAGGUUUGGCAAGCUGAAGCAGACUCCCUCAGGUUCCAGCAACAAUGAGCUGACUGCACGGGACCGCUGGAUCCUGCACCACUUUGAAUUUCUCAGCCCCCACCUCGUUGUCCAGGUCAAAAAGAGAGUCACUCUCAGUAUGAAGACCAAGGUCCAAGCCAGAGCAGCUUCGACCACCACAGCAGGAGCUCCGCAGUCUGAGUCUGAUGCUGCUGAUCAUCAGCCCCCUACAGCCGCUCAGUCUGAUAUAGACACUUGCUUGGGGUGCAGGUCCGGGGCUACUGAUGAUGCUGAGGCCACCAUGAGCAACAUUGCUGAACUGCAAAGACAGCUGCAAAACAAGCUCUCUAAUACUGAGACGUCACGAUUUCUGACCAAUCACGGCUCACGUUUCAAAGUUUCACCAGUUUUUGAUGUCAUGCCGCCAAGGAAGAAGACAGCCAUGGUCAAGAACUCCACCACUGGCCACGGCCAUGGAUGGGUCAGACGUGCUGCAGCCCAAGGAGCCCCUGAAGAGCCAGCUCCUGUUAUUGAAGAUGUCCCAGCACCUUCAGAGACUGACGCUGAGUCCACAGCCCCUCCCCCUGGUUCCCUGAUAGAGAUAAUCACAGAGGUUCUUCAGCCAGCAGCACAGUUCUUUUUUGAGGCUGCCAAGUCCCCGAAGAAGCGCAAGAGGGAGCUGGUAACAGCUGACUUCACAGAGGAGCAGGAACAGGAAAUGGUUGACUGGCUCAAGGCCCCUGAGCAAGAUUGCAUCCUCAACAAAAAGCACCGCAACUACAUCAAGAAGGGCCUGAAGGACACGCUCUGGGAACAGAAGGCCAGGGAGAUGGGCAAGGCCAGUAACCAGCUGAAGAAGUGGUACAUCAACAUGAGAACCAGGUUUGGCAAGCUGAAGCAGACUCCCUCAGGUUCCAGCAACAAUGAGCUGACUGCACGGGACCGCUGGAUCCUGCACCACUUUGAAUUUCUCAGCCCCCACCUCGUUGUCCAGGUCAAAAAGAGAGUCACUCUCCAGAUGAAGACCAAGGUCCAAGCCAGAGCAGCUUUGACCACCACAGCAGGAGCUCCGCAGUCUGAGUCUGAUGCCGCUGAUCAUCAGCCCCCUACAGCCGCUCAGUCUGAUACAGACACUUCCUUGGGGUGCAGGUCCGGGGCUACUGAUGAUGCUGAACUGAAAAGACAGCUGCAAAUCAAGCUCUCUAAUACUGAGAAGUCACCCCUGCAACGCCAGAAAGACACCUUCACUGACUUCAUGAAGGAGGUCACCUACACAUUCCCUCCCCCCAUGUGGCUGAGGUUCCAGAGUGAAGUCAGCAACCUGUUGCAGAGGUAUCAGUUUGAACUUCACCAGGUGCUUCCCACACAGACUCAGCAGCAGCGAGGUGAGUUCCUCAUGCCCUGUGCUCCUGCACCUAUCCCUGGGCCCAGCAGCCAACAGUGUUGUUCAGUGGGCUGGAAGCCUCAUCCAGGACAGGUCCACCGACCGACUUCUGUCUGGGGAUCCCAGUAGGCCAGCUGGGUGCAGCAACAGUUCCAGCAGUAGCUUCUGGUCAGACCACAGAGUGCUCCAUCCACCUACUCUGCCAGCACCCCACUGCCACAGCCUUCAUCAACAUCCAUUCAGAGCCAGGGCAUUGGGAACCUCACUGGCUUGAGUGAAAUUAGCAGUGGUGCCAACAACUGCUUCACCCAGCUACUAAACACUAACCAGGAUGAUAAUAACCCAGAACUCAACACCCCUCGUCCAGUUGUGCACUCCAACACCUACCCAGCAGACUGAACGAUCAGAACAGGGUUAUGGAGGAAAGGAGUAGAUAACCCUCUGGAGUCGAUUGACGCGGCUCUGCAUAAUUAAGCAAACGUAGCACACAAUCUGCUCUGCUCUGAGUCUCUAUUUGAAUGCAUGUUGAACGUGCAGACUUCAACCUGUAUACCAGUUUUUAUAUUUUGUUAAUAGGCCAAGUAUAACCUGAAUUAUGAUGACUUCCAGUUUAUGGCAGCACCAUGUGAGGAUGUAGGUUAGUGAGCUCCACACUUGAACCAUUGCAUUUACAGUACUACUCUUGAAAAUUACGCGAUACUGCUUCACAUGUGUGAUUGUGUAUAUGUUGGAUGACAAUCAUUGAAGUAUGCCUAAGAAAA